CGAAAAUAUCAAGCUGCGAAAACAAGAGGUGAGAGACUGAGCAGUUUACCCUAACAAUUACAUAUAGCAUAUUAGGGCAUAUACAGACUUUGCAAAACGGCGACUAUGGCGGAUUCUCCAACCUCCGAUACUGACCCAGAACUUGACAACAGUGGCUCUAACCCUAACCCAAACCCUAACCCUAAUUUUACUUCGGACGCAAUGAGCCCCGGUCCUCCUCUUGUUUGCCUCCUCAGGUUCGCCGGUGACUCCGUUGCAGGCGCUUUCAUGGGCUCCGUUUUCGGCUACGGUUCAGGAUUGAUUAAGAAGAAAGGGUUUAAAGGAUCCUUCGCGGAGGCAGGAUCUUCUGCCAAGACAUUUGCAGUUUUGUCUGGAGUACACAGUUUGGUUGUCUGCUUUUUGAAGAGGCUGCGAGGGAAGGAUGAUGUCAUUAAUGCAGGAGUUGCCGGAUGUUGCACUGGUCUUGCCUUAAGUUUCCCAGGUGCACCGCAGGCCCUUUUGCAGAGCUGCCUCACGUUUGGGGCAUUCUCCUUCAUCAUUGAAGGCCUUAACAAGCAACAGCCAGCACUGGCUUCCAUUGUCAGCAGGAGCCCCAAGACUCGGCACUUCAGUAUACUCCCUCCGUUAGCGCUUCCUCUUCCAGAUGAAUUUAAAGGGUCAUUUUCUGUUUUCUGUCAAUCAAUAAGAAAAAAGUGAGGACGACAAUUGUGCCGCUCACUGACUGAGCCAAGAAUGAAGCAAUUACGUUUCGGAUGUCUGUGGAAUGUUGGUGUGCCCAUAAAGAUGUUAUAUAAAUUUGUUGGUUAUCUUGACUUUGUCCAACUCCAUUUAAUGAAAUUUCUCUUUUGGCAUUUCUUUCUAAGCAUUGUGACUUGGCAUGAAUGAGUUUGUAAAUUGCAAAUAAGAUACUGGAAUGAUGUAAUAUCUGCUUUGUAAGAAAACCAUGAAAUUCUUACUACACGAGAAUCAUGGAAAUCCUCACCAUUGGUUGCUAAA